AUGCAAAUUAUUUUUCAAACUGUCGAUUGGAAGAGAAGAAUCUUGCAACAGCUAUUUCGAUUUCGAUCAUGGUUAGCCAGUUUAAAACGGUGGCAAGCUCUUUUACUCAUCUUGAUCGUUUCAACCAUUAUAAGCGGUUUCCUUUAUCAAUACAUUUAUAUCAAUCGUUCUUGGUUUCUAUUAGAGUACGAAGAACCAUUACCCGAGCAUAAACCUUUCGUUAAAUUAGAUCAUUUAAUUGAAAUUAGUGAGCUAUUAUCCGCUUCCAUUGAAGUGGCCCAACGUGGUGGUCAAGCUGUUCGCCAAAUCUAUCUACAAAAUAGUGUUACCCAACUCAAUCAAUCUGUUGUUACGAAUGCUGAUCUACAAUCCAAUCAAGAGAUUGUCGCUGGUCUCAAAAAGGGUAUAUUCUGA